UUUAUAGCCAGUUUUCUAGACAACAUGCCCUUGCGAAGUUCUGGCAAGUUCAGCAUGGAGACCAGGAAAGAAGAUGGGGAGAGCACAGCACCUGCCCCUCCACAGAAGAAGCUGUCCUGUCAGUGCCACCAUCACUGCCCUGAGGACUCAGUCAACAGCACCUGCAGCACUGAUGGCUACUGCUUCACCAUAAUAGAAGAAGAUGAAUCCGGUGGACAUUUAGUCACCAAGGGAUGUCUUGGAUUAGAAGGCUCAGACUUUCAGUGUCGGGACACUCCUAUUCCACACCAAAGAAGAUCUAUUGAAUGUUGCACAGGCCAAGAUUACUGUAACAAACACCUUCACCCUACCCUCCCACCGCUGAAGAACCGAGACUUUGCCGAAGGAAACAUUCACCACAAGGCUCUGCUGAUCUCCCUGAGCGCUUGCAGUAUACUUCUGGUGCUUAUCAUUGUCUUUUGCUACUUCAGAUACAAACGGCAGGAGACGAGGCCUCGCUACAGCAUUGGGCUGGAGCAGGAUGAAACUUACAUUCCCCCUGGAGAGUCGCUGAAGGAUCUGAUCGAGCAGUCGCAGAGCUCAGGGAGCGGCUCCGGGCUCCCUCUCCUGGUUCAAAGGACCAUUGCCAAGCAGAUCCAGAUGGUAAAGCAGAUUGGCAAAGGUCGCUAUGGAGAGGUCUGGAUGGGAAAGUGGCGUGGCGAGAAGGUAGCCGUGAAAGUGUUUUUUACCAUGGAGGAGGCCAGCUGGUUUAGAGAAACAGAAAUCUACCAGACUGUCCUGAUGAGGCAUGAGAACAUUCUAGGAUUCAUUGCUGCAGACAUUAAAGGUACAGGAUCUUGGACCCAGCUGUAUCUCAUCACCGACUACCACGAGAACGGUUCCCUUUAUGAUUAUCUAAAAUCUACCACUUUGGACACAAAAGCCAUGCUAAAGCUGGCUUAUUCCUCUGUCAGUGGCUUGUGCCACCUGCACACUGAGAUCUUCAGCACUCAGGGCAAACCUGCUAUUGCCCACCGUGACCUAAAAAGCAAGAACAUCCUGGUGAAGAAGAACGGCACCUGCUGCAUAGCAGAUCUGGGCCUGGCUGUUAAGUUCAUUAGUGACACAAACGAGGUAGACAUCCCUCCAAACACCCGUGUAGGAACAAAACGCUACAUGCCUCCUGAGGUGCUGGAUGAAAGCUUGAACAGGAAUCACUUCCAGUCCUACAUCAUGGCUGAUAUGUACAGUUUUGGACUCAUCCUUUGGGAGAUAGCAAGGAGAUGUGUUUCAGGAGGAAUAGUUGAGGAGUACCAGCUUCCAUACCACGACCUGGUGCCCAGUGACCCCUCCUAUGAGGACAUGCGGGAGAUUGUGUGCAUCAAGAGACUGCGACCUUCGUUUCCCAACAGAUGGAGCAGUGAUGAGUGCCUAAGGCAGAUGGGGAAGCUGAUGAUGGAGUGCUGGGCUCACAACCCUGCCUCCCGCCUGACAGCUCUGCGGGUCAAGAAGACGCUUGCCAAGAUGUCAGAGUCGCAGGACAUUAAGCUCUGA